CUUGUCGACGGCGGACACCAAGUUGUUCAUCGUUUAGAGCUCACUGCAAGCCAUGGCCGCCGACGAACUGAUGCCGUCUCACAGGUCACACAGGACUCCCAAAUCAGGUCCUACCGCGAGGAAGAAAUCUGAACAAGAUAAGAAGAAGCGUGGAAUCGAGGUUAACAAGACGCAAAACUUUAAGGCGUUUGGUGUUAAAUCGGCUCGCAGGGCGCAGCGAGCAAAAUCUCGCGCUGCUGAGAAGGAUCAAAAACGACUUCAUCUUCCGAAAAUUGACCGUACUUUUGGCGAAGCUCCUCCUUUCGUCGUCGUAGUUCAAGGCCCCCCAGGAGUUGGAAAGUCUCUCGUGAUUAAGUCUCUUGUGAAGGAUUUUACAAAACAAAAUGUACCGGAGGUUCGAGGACCUAUUACCAUUGUACAAGGUAAACGUACAAGGUUUCAAUUUGUGGAGUGCCCGAAUGAUAUCAAUGCCAUGGUGGAUUGUGCAAAGGUUGCUGAUCUAGCCGUACUUGUUGUAGACGGGAGUUAUGGUUUUGAGAUGGAAACCUUUGAAUUCCUCAAUAUUAUGCAAGUGCAUGGAUUUCCUAGAGUUAUGGGUGUCCUCACUCACCUUGAUAAGUUCAACAAUGUAAAGAAGCUGAGGAAAACUAAACAACAUCUCAAGCAUCGGUUUUGGACCGAAAUAUAUAGUGGAGCCAAAUUGUUCUAUUUAUCUGGUCUUAUUCAUGGGAAGUAUUCGCCGCGUGAAGUUCACAACCUUGCCCGCUUUGUAUCCGUUAUCAAGCCUCAGCAAUUGACAUGGCGAACAUCACAUCCUUAUGUGUUGGCUGAUCGCCUUGAAGAUGUUACCCCUCCGGAGAAAGUUCAGAUGGAUAAGAAAUGCGAUAGAAAUAUCACUUUGUAUGGUUACCUACGUGGCUGUAACUUCAAAAAAGGGAUGAAGGUUCAUAUUGCUGGAGUUGGCGACUACAGUGUAGCUGGGGUGACUGCUUUACCUGAUCCUUGUCCUUUACCUUCAGCUGGCAAGAGAAAAGGGCUGAGGGACAGGGAUAAGCUUUUCUAUGCUCCUAUGUCCGGGAUUGGAGAUCUGUUAUAUGACAAAGAUGCUGUUUACAUCAACAUAAAUGAUCACCAAGUUCAGUACUCUAAAACUGACGAUGGAAAGGGAGAACCUACUAAUAAAGGAAAGGGCAGAGAUGUUGGUGAAGAUUUGGUAAAGUCGUUGCAUAACACAAAGUAUUCUGUUGAUGAGAAACUGGAUAAGACAUUCAUUAACAUUUUUGGCAAAAAGACUAGUGCCAGUUCAGAAACAAAACUUAAGGCUGAAGAUGCGUAUCAAUCCUUACCGGAAGGUUCUGACAGUGAGUCUCAAUCUGGCGAUGAUGAGGAGGAUGUAGUAGGUAAUGACAGUGAAAUCAAGCAGGAAACUGAGAUUCAUGGUGGAAGGUUGAGGAGGAAAGCUAUCUUCAGGCAGGACUUAAAUGAAGAUGAUUUUGAGGAAGCAGAUGAUGUUGAAUUGGACUCAUAUGACCCAAAUAUAUAUGGUUUUAAGGAAGCAGACGAUGUUGAAUCGGACAAAAAUGAAGUUGAAGAUGGUGGAGAUGACUCUGCUUCCGAUUCGCCAGAUGAUGAGGCAGGGGAUUAUCAGAUAGAUGAUAAGGACUUUGGUAACAUAUCAAAAUGGAAAGCACCCUUGAAGGAGAAAGCCAGAAAGAAGAACCCCAACUUGAUGCAGAUUGUGUAUGGAGCAUCGGGAUCAUCAGCUACUCCCUUGAUAAAUGAGAACCAUGACAUUAGUGAUGAUGAAGAAAGUGAUGAUGAAGACUUCUUUAAGCCAAAAGGAGAACAAAGCAAGAAUCUGGGUGGUGAAUGGGAUGUGGGAUAUGUCAACUCAGAGGAUUGUUCUAAAUUUGUGAAUUAUGGUUACCUAAAGAAUUGGAAAGAGAAAGAAGUCUGCGAGAGCAUUCGUGAUCGAUUUACCACUGGUGAUUGGUCAAAAGCUGCUCUGAGAGACAAAAAUUUAGGUACUGGCGGUGAGGGAGAAGAUGAUGAACUUUAUGGUGAUUUUGAGGAUCUAGAGACGGGAGAGAAGCAUAAAAGCCAUGUUAACAUGGAAUCGGGUGCAAAUGAAAAUGAAGAUGAAGAUGCAGAAGUCGUUGAGCGUAGGCUAAAAAAGCUGGCUCGUCGAGCAAACAAUAAAUCCGAGUUAGAGGAGGAUGACAAUGAUAAAGGUGAUGGGAACAAUCCUCGUAGUCAAGCCAAUGAACCAGGAUACGUUGAUAAAUUGAAGGAAGAGCUUGAAAUUAUAAAACAGAGAAAUGAGUUAGAAUACAAUGAUCUUGACGAGGAAACUCGAAUUGAGUUAGCGGGAUUCCGGACUGGAACAUACUUGAGGCUGGAGAUUCACAAUGUUCCUUAUGAGAUGGUUGAAUUCUUUGAUCCUUGUCAUCCAAUUCUGGUUGGAGGUAUUGGUUUCGGUGAGGACAAUGUUGGAUAUAUGCAGGCCCGGUUGAAGAGACAUAGGUGGCAUAAGAAAGUACUAAAGACAAGAGAUCCUAUUAUUGUGUCUAUCGGAUGGAGACGCUAUCAAACAAUGCCUGUAUAUGCCAUUGAAGAUCGCAAUGGCAGGCAUCGAAUGCUCAAGUAUACUCCAGAACACAUGCACUGCCUUGCUACGUUCUGGGGUCCUCUUGUCCCACCCAACACCGGCUUUGUCGCUUUCCAGAACCUGUCAAACAAUCAGGCAGGAUUUAGGAUAACAGCGACAUCUGUUGUUCUUGAGUUUAAUCACCAGGCCCGUAUUGUAAAGAAAAUUAAGAUGGUUGGGACUCCCUGCAAGAUCAAGAAAAAGACUGCAUUUAUCAAAGACAUGUUCACUUCUGACCUAGAAAUAGCUCGAUUUGAAGGUUCAUCUGUCCGGACAGUUAGUGGCAUUAGAGGACAAGUUAAAAAGGCUGGAAAAAACAUGCUUGAUAACAAGGCUGAAGAAGGGAUUGCGAGGUGUACCUUUGAAGAUCAAAUCCAUAUGAGUGACAUGGUCUUCUUAAGGGCUUGGACUACAGUGGAAGUUCCACAAUUUUACAAUCCUCUAACGACAGCCUUGCAACCCCGUGAUAAGACCUGGAAUGGGAUGAAAACCUUUGGCGAACUCCGUAGAGAGCUGAAUAUUCCUGUUCCAGUGAAUAAGGAUUCACUCUACAAGGCAAUCGAAAGAAAGCCAAAGAAGUUCUAUCCACUAAAGAUUCCAAAGAGUCUACAAAAAGAUUUACCGUUUACAUCGAAACCCAAAGAUAUACCAAAGCGGAAAAGACCAUCACUAGAUGAUAAAAGAGCAGUUAUAAUGGAACCGAAAGAAAGAAAAGAGCAUGCUAUAAUCCAGCAAUUCCAGCUGCUGCAACAUCACAGGAUGAAGAAGAAAAAGGCAACUGAACAGAAGAAGAGGAAAGAGUAUGAAGCAGAGAAAGCUAAGAAUGAGGAAAUAAAUAAGAAACGGAGGAGAGAGGAGAGACGUGACAGAUACCGUGAGGAAGAUAAACAGAAAAAGAAGACGAGAAGAAGCCAAGAUUAAUUAAUACCUGAGUUUUGCUUCAUUCCAAGUAUUUCAACUGUGAUACUAAAACUUUUGUUUUCAUGUUUCACUGAGAGAUUCUUCUUUCUACUGUGUUGUUUCACAAUUUCACCAUUUCUGGGAUGAGCCCCAAAAUUUUGGAAAUACUCUUAGACUGCAACUUUGAUUGGUUAGUCUAAUUAUUACUAAGCUUUGUGCACCAACUAAUUGUGUUUAAGUGUUUCUUACAAAUGUUGCCUGUUACAUAAGUUUACUUUUGUCUGUUGUGAAAUGGAAAUAAAAUGAUCCAUGAAUU